GGAAGCACGUCUAUCCUCAUGUUUGAAACCUAUUUGGAAUUCCUGGUUGCUGCUGGAAGCUAUAUAUUAUACCAAUAUGUCCGCCACUAUCGUAUCAACCCUGACGGUCGUGUGGAGAUACGCCUGGUUCAUUGCGCUUCGUCCAUUGGCUGUCCUCAUGCUGACGGGGGCUGCCGUCUCCCUUGUUCGAUCCGGGCUGUCAAUUUGCAAGGAUAUCCCUUCCAUGGCCUAUGAGAUAUUUAUGUGGUUCACGUCGUAGGGUGUAUCUCACAUCUGUACUUGUCUGUAUUGGUACUGGAGUCUUGUGUUGGCAUUUAUUCUCUUAACUGCAUGGUGGCGUAGCGAGGUCUUGCAUUUUAUAAUCAUUCCGCCCACUCGUACUCAAAUCCACCAAAUCCUAUUCCUUCAAACCCUCG